CCCCCCAUUCAUUGACAGACUCAUACAUCUCCUUCGUCUUUUCGCAUCGAGUUUCUCUCAUCCUACAUGUCGGGCCAUCCAACCCGCUCUGGUCGACACUCUUUACCACCCUUGUCAUCUAUUUUAACCCCCGUGACUUCCAGAGGACAAAACACGACUGGAAGUGGAGGACGAUCAAGGGAUAGCGGAGCGGGGAAUACCAAACCGCCGCUUCCGACGUCUCUUUCCCUCGGGAACUUGCGAACCACACGCUACAUGAGUGAAAACGGCCCUAAUAGCGCAAGGCCAGCCGCAGAAGCUAGCAGUACGAAAGUUGACGAACCUACGACAGCCACUAAGGAAGAAAAGAAGGAUAAGAAGAAGAGGAAGAAGGGCAUGAAGGGCUGGGCAUGGGUGGUUGAGGACGAGAACGGAAACGUUAUUGAUUUACCAAGUGAUGAGGAGAUUGCAUUUCGGAAUGCUGCCAAUAAUGAGCAGACGAUAAGGCCGCCCGUUUCAAGAGCAGAGGAGGUAAAGUCAGACAAUGCUCCUGACGCAGUGAUGAUUACCGGGGAAGAUGGAGAGCAUCUCAAGGCUGAUGUCCACUCUCCGAGUAGCCAAGCUUCAACAACUGCAAGAGAAGAUGUUUUGCUAGGCAAAAGACCUUUUAAGAGCUCUAGUCCGACCAGGGCAUGCUCACCACAAAAUCUCACUGAGAGUUCUUCACCAAAAUCCAUGGCCUUUUUUACAACAUUAUCAGGGGAAGAACCCCGUCGUAAAGUUAGACGCAAGUCAUCCCCUCCGACAACGGCCGUUACGUCUACACCUGCUGCCACUCCUUCAGACACAACACGAGUGAUUAUGACAAUACCAAUUCCCUCAACUACUACGCCUACUGCAUUACCUACCGCAUCGAAGACUGUCCAGUCACGUCGGACGCAACCGUCUCGUCAACCUCCGCCCCCCACACGCACUCGUGCGGUUGUAGCCCAACGUGACUCAACCAGCCGAGCGGGAUCCGCGCACAUUGUCAAUGAUGAUGCCCCUCUGGCUGUUCCGCCAAUCCGAAUAGGGUCGGGACAAGGCUUCAAUUCUCACAACAAAGAGAGCGCUGCCAAGGAAGAACUAGCUCUGAGGAAAGAAGCAUUGUUCAUAAUUGAUCAGGCUGAAAAAAUGCGGGCAACAAGCUAUGAAAGGGGGAAAAGAAGCGGUGUGACAAAAAGAGGAGGGAGGCGAAACGGGAAGGCCGAUGAUGUUGGGAUUGCUCGUGACAAGGAGUCUCUCGGGGACAGAAAAAGUUUCAUAAGAAAUCACGACUAUUCAGACGAUGACAAUUGGGAUAGUUUAGAGGGCUCGUCAGAAGGAAGGCAGGAGCGGCCAGCUUUAGGCUCGAGGCUGUCAUCUCAAACAGCGAAAGCACCUCCCGCGCUCCCUCCACCUCGGCCAUUCGAAGUUGAAUUUGAAGAAGUGCAAGAAUACUACAGACAAAAGGCGGAAGCAUCAAGAACAUCUCGGUUACGCGAACGACCACUGAGUGAGAGACACAGUCCAGUAGUUGUAAUCGCGACGAACGGACAAGAUGCCAUGCCAAGGGAUGAAACGGAGAGAGGGUAUUAUCAAGGACUAUCGGGCUUGACUGAGGAAAUGGAGGCCAAUGCUAGUGGGUUCGUUCAUAACGUGCGAGCAAAUGUCACGGCGUUAGCGACAUAUUAUUUCCCACAACGACAAGCAAAACGUGAUGCUUUUCUGGAAAGGAUAGGCAGGGGACUUCAGAAGCUGGGGCAAGAGCUGACGGACAAUGGGGACGCGCUCGUGCUUCCAUAGUCAUGAUGGGAUCGAUGUAGUAUUCGUCAAUGAUAAGGGAAACUGAGCGGUGUUGUGAUAUAUGCCAGACAUGAUAUGGUGUUUUUUUGUUAGCGCAUGAAUGACAUCUAACACUACAUCGUGAACUA